CAUAGUUAAUAUCUUUGCCUUGUGGUUAUCACCGGCCAUGUUUGUCCUUAUUCACCCUUUCAUCCCUGAGCCUUUAGUCCAUGCACAAGCCUUGGAAAAAAGUUUAUUGUCACCUCCCGCCCUCUUUCUCUUUGUCCCCGCCACCCCACACCCCUCCUUCCCAACAUCCACCCAUACAAACUCCUGCAUCAUCUCUCAAACUAACUCACUCCUCUCUGUACCUCCAGCCCGUCUCCUCUCCAUCUCCAUCCACCGCAUCACAUUAACCCCUCAGCUGCAGUGUGAGAGAGACACCACCACCACCGGCACCACCAUGCUCUGGAAAUCCCGAUCUAAGACUGACAUUCUGCAGGACCGUGCAGACGGACUAAGCGGCUCCUCACCAAGUGGCCGUCUCUCUCAGCUCUCCUCCCUGAACCAGGCCGCCUACUCCUCGGCGCCUCCUCUCUGCCACACUCCGGCUUCAGACUUCCAGCCUCCAUACUUCCCUCCUCCAUACCCACAGUCCUCCCUGCCGUACUCCCAGAGCCACCAGGACUCCUACUCCCACCUGUCAGACCCUUACCCCUCCAUCAACUCCAUCCAUCAUCAGCAUCAGCAGCAGGUGGCCUCCUGGCACUCGCAGAGGUCGCGCUCCUCCUCCGAUGACGCGGCGGGACUUCUGUCACAGUCUCACCGGGCUCUUAGCCUCGACCCCCGGCGGGACUAUGCAGCGGUGCCGCGGCUGCUGCACGGUCUGGGUGAAGGCGCUGCAGCUCUCGGAGACGGUCCACUCGGCAUGCACAUGGGACACCACGGCCUGGACGACCUGCAGGGAAUGGAGGAAGGAUCAGCCCUGGGCAUCCUCGACCACUCUGUCAUUAAAAAAGUUCCCAUCCCGUCCAAGCUGAACGGGUCGUCCCUGUCGGUCCUGUCCUUCGGUAAGGAUGGUCUGGGUAUGGGAUCCGUGUCCAACCCGGCCGAGGUCUUCUGUUCGGUCCCGGGUCGCCUCUCGCUGCUCAGCUCCACCUCCAAGUACAAGGUGACGGUCGGGGAGGUGCAGCGACGCCUCUCCCCGCCGGAGUGCCUCAACGCCUCUCUGCUGGGUGGAGUCCUCCGCAGGGCGAAGUCAAAGAAUGGUGGCCGCUGUCUGAGAGAGCGUCUGGAGAAGAUUGGCCUCAACCUGCCCGCCGGGCGACGCAAGGCAGCCAACGUCACUCUGCUAACAUCUCUAGUGGAGGGUGAGGCCGUCCAUCUGGCGAGGGACUUUGGUUACGUGUGCGAGACAGAGUUUCCAGCCAGAGCCACAGCCGAGUAUCUGUGCAGGCAGAGCGAGCCGGACCAGCUCCCAACACGGCGCAGCAUGCUGCUCGCCACCAAGGAGAUCUGUAAGGAGUUUGUGGACAUGAUGUCCCAGGACCGCUCUCCGCUAGGCGGCAGUCGACCCACCCCGUGCCUGGAGCCCGGCGUCCAGGGAAGCCUCACCCACUUCAGCCUGCUCACCCACGGCUUCGGCACGCCCGCCAUCUGCGCCGCGCUCUCCGCCUUCCAGAGCUACCUGAUGGAGGCGAUCAAAAUGCUGGACAAAGGAGAGGGCGGAGGGAAGAGCCACCACGACAAGGAGAUGAAGCACCGCAAAUAGGAGGGCAGGGGACGGACCAGAUGUGUUGAUGGAUGGAUGGAUGGAUGAGAUGAGAGGCAGGAAAGGAAGAGAGAAAGAGGGGUGGAAAAAGACUGACUGGUGCCCCCUCUGCGUCUUUACCUUCGCCCUCAGGAUAAAGACUUUUACCUCCCAGAACAACCUCUGCGGUCCCUGUCGUCGAAGGAGGCGAGGGGUCAUGAUGAUAUCUGUACUGUAAUGUGUGUCCACAACCACCUCACUCAACAUGACGCAUGGACCUCUCUUCUCAGUAGCUGGUUUGUGUCAUGAUGGCGUCUACAAAACAUCUCUUCAGGAUGAGUUCCUACAUAUUUAUUUCCUCCCUACUUUUUUUUUUAUUUUGGUAAACAUGUCACCUUUAUCUGUGUUUUAGAAACCCCCUGCCAUCAUCUCUCUCACACACACUUAUACACAUCUUUUUGGACUGAACUCAUCUGGGAAGUGUCGUAAAGCCAUAUCCGAGACAAACAGCCUGCUCUUUGCUCCUCUUGAACUUUUCGGAGACUUUUAAAUCCACCCUGAUUGGACCAAGCACAAGCCUCCAUAUGUAGUUUCUUCUUAGAGGGUGGUCAUGGGAAAUUGAGUUCUCUGGUGUUCUCCGACAGCGGGGGGUAAUAGGAGGGAGUCAAAGGCAGCUAAAAGGAGAUUUGGUUUCUUUUAUUUUGAAGUGUUGGUAACUUAAGAAAAUAACACAAAUCAUUUUGUACUUUCUGUGUAUGUUUAUUAUUAAUGUUAUUACUGUUGUUAUUAUUAUUGUAUUACGGCAUAAAUGUAAUAUAUUAUUAAAGAAUUAAGAAC